GCCGGCGUGCCCGUGGGCGUGCUCCCCGGCGGGGAGGACCGCCCGCCGCCUACACCCCCGCCGCCGCCGCUAACUUUGCUUCUCCGCAAAGAGCCGCCCUCCGGCAGACAGAGGGUCGGCGGAGCCGGGGUCCGAGCCGGCCCCCGCGAUGAAGGGCCGGCGACGGUGGCGGGGCGAACAUCGCCGCUUCGCCGCGGUCCUGGUGCUGUACACGCUGCUGCUGCUCCUGCUGGUGCCCUACGCGCUGGACUACGGGGCCAGGCGCGGGCGAGCGGACGAGGAGCCGCUGCUGCGGCGCUGCCCAAGCUUGGAGGAGGCGCUGAGCGAGUGGGGCUGGGAGCAGCGGCCGCCGCUGGACGAGGAAGAGGAGGAGGAUGAAGCGGGCACGGCCGGGGCGGCGGGUAACGGCAGCGCGGGGACGGCGGGGAAGCGGCACAUCUACCUGCACGCUACCUGGCGAASUGGCUCCUCCUUCCUCGGAGAGCUCUUCAAUCAGCACCCCGACGUCUUCUACCUGUACGAGCCCAUGUGGCACCUUUGGCAGGCUCUCUACCCGGGGGACGCGCUGAGCCUGCAGGGAGCCCUCCGCGACAUGCUGCGCGCCCUCUUCCGAUGCGAUUUCUCCGUCCUGCGCCUCUAUGCCGCCCCGUCCGGCCCCCGCGACCCGCUGGCCCCCGCCCCGCCCGCCGACAACCUCACCACGGCCAGCAUCUUCGGCUGGCGGACCAACAAGGUGAUCUGUUCGCCGCCGCUCUGCCCUGCCGCCCCGCGGCCCCGGGGGGAGAUCGGCCUCGUCGACGGCGCMUCCUGCGAGGAGACCUGUCCGCCGCGGGCGCUGCGGGAGCUAGAGGCCGAGUGCCGCAAGUACCCGGUGGUGGUCAUCAAGGACGUGCGGCUGCUGGAGCUGAGCGCGCUGCUGCCGCUGCUGCGGGAGCCCGGCCUCAACCUGCGGGUGGUGCAGCUCUUCCGCGACCCCCGCGCCGUCCAUAACUCUCGCCUGAAGGCGCGGCAGGCGCUGCUGCGGGAGAGCGUCCAGGUGCUGCGCAGCCGCCACCGCGCCGAGCCGCGGGGCCCGGCCCGCCACCAGCAGCAGCAUGUCCUGCUGCCGCCCGGGCUGCUGGGCGGCGGGCGGGUGCCGCAGCCGCARCACCGCGCCGAGUUCUUCCUCGGCGGCGCGCUGGAGGUGAUCUGCCAGGCUUGGCUCCGCGAUCUCCUCCUGGCCCGCCGCGCCCCGGGCUGGCUCCGCCGCCGCUACACGCAGCUGCGCUACGAGGACCUGGUGCGGGAGCCCCGCGCCGAGCUGCGCCGCCUGCUGCGCUUCGCCGGGCUGACGGUGCCGCCCGCCCUGGAGGACUUCGUGCUCAACAUGACCCGCGGCGCUGCCUACUCCUCCGACCGGCCCUUCCUCAUCUCCGCCCGCGACGCGCGRGAGGCCGUCCACGCCUGGCGGGAGCGCCUCAGCCGCCAGCAGGUGCGGCAGGUGGAGGCGGCGUGCGGAGAGGCCAUGAGCAUCCUCGCCUACCCCCUCAGCGCCAGCGACACCCGGUAGCGGCAGAGCCGCACGUCCUGGACUGGCCCGAGGGCGGACGGACAGGCGCCCUCGGGCAGAGCUGAGCGCGGGGAUCACCGCCAGCCUGGCAGGAGCCCGCUUGGUGGGCAGGGCGCUCCCCCGGGGGAGCCCCGGCUGAGGGACACCCACCUCGCCUCGGGUACAGGCAGCGCGGCAGGGUCCAGGCCCCCAUCCCGCUGUGGCUUCAGUGUGGCUGUGUUCCCUCUGGGCUGCRUGGAGAGGGAAAGGGGGGAUAUUCUAUUUCAGAGAAAGGUUUAGUUCAAGAGGUGUCCUCCGAGCAUCACUCUUGGAGCCCUUUCAGCGUGAAACCAUGAUCGUGUACAAAGCACAGGUAUGCUACAAACUGCAUGUAAAUUUAAAAAUCCCCUGAGUAUAGACUCUCAGCAAGGAACUAGAGGGCCUGGAAGGCAUUGCCCUUCUGGAGCCCUGAAGCACACUGGCCUCUGUCCUACUGCUAAUAAAACRCAAGAGGCUUCUGUGAAGUCGCUGCAGGGGCCUGGAGAGCCAGGAGGGUGCUUGCUGCAGGGCAGGACUCAGCUCUCCUGCUCCCAUCCUGUGCUGCAGGGAUGGUCUUUGCUCCUGUUGGUUGCUGGUGCUGUAGGGAGAGGGGUGAGGGAAGGGGAACUGUUUCCAGCUCUCUCCAUCGUUCGGAGCAGCAGGGUAAGUGGUCAUGCAGAGAGGGUAAGCAUUCGCCUGCUUAUGUGUUUUGAAGAUGUUUGUGGCAGAAACCUUUGCUUUCCUAAAGAAAUCUGUAAUUGUUUUGAAAGUAUUUUUUUUUUAAUAUAUAUAUUUAUAUAGUUUGGUGAUACUCAUGUGAGAUACAGGUGACUAACAUGUUUCUUUGGAACACGUGUAGGGGUGAAUGAAACUGGAAGGCAAAUGCUCUAUAUUUCCGUUUUGUUUUCUCUGUCAGAUGAGAGAAUCACUUUUCUUCCCUCACUUCCGGGCUAACACAUUGUGCCAUGUAGGUCCCCCUGAUCACAUCCCUUCCAAACAAUAACAUCCUCUCAGCUGGCAACUCCUGGACAAAGCAAAUGUUUCCUAAGAGGCUAAAACAGAUUAAUCAUGGAGUUCCCAAAUAAAAACUUAUAUUAAAAAAAAACCAAACAAAUGAAACAAACAAAAAGCUCCCCUGAAGUUUUUUUUUUUUUUUUUUUAAUUUUAAAAUGACCUGUUCCUGCAGAUGUCCUGCAACUUGUGCGAGAACGGGGUGUGUGUGUAUCUAUGAGUACCUUUGUUUCUUAAUUUCUUAAUGUGGGGAUAGAAGGUUCAGUUGUAAUUUAGGGAUGCAGUUUCAUAACUUCAUAGAGACUGCUUUUGAGUCCAUUACAGUCUGGUAGUGUUUAAAUGGCCCCUCAAGAGUGUACAGGAUUAUAGGGAUGUUUACAUGCACUUCUCAAAUACAAACCCAGAAUAUGAGUUUCAAAUUGAGGAUAAUCCAGGAUCAGGAAGAAAGCRGUAUUUAUAUAAAGUGCUGAAAGUAAAGGCAGUUCAAAGAUGUUAUGUUGUCAUGGAGGAGGUGUUUGAAUUGCAUUGUACAUUUUUGUGCUCUGAGUUUUGUCCUCAUGAACCUUCACAACAACAUGUCAGGAUCAGCCUUCAUUUAUUUUAACUCCUUUUUUUUUUUUCCUUGAUCUUCCCAUCUGGCACAAGAAGCAGGUUUCUUUCAUUAUCUGUCAGGAAAAUGUAGUCAUAAAAAUGUUUUUGAACAAAUCUAUGCAUCUCCCAGUAGCGUGCUUCCUACAGUGCUCAAUCCUUGGGCUUCUACUUGCAGUAAGUAUUACAGGAUCUUUUGUGAUGGAACAACCUUGUGUAUUAUCGAAGGGAUGUUUCUGCAUUCUCUCAUCGUGCCKGUGACACCAAAAUUUGUUUCUGGGUGUUCCAGUGGCGUUUAAUAAUGGUAUUUGUAUAGAUAGACAAUACCUGUACUAAGCCUUGAUAACCUGUGCUGGGUAACCUUUUUUUUGAAGGCUUUUCUAGGACUACACCCAGCCUGGCUUGUAGUGACAGGUUUGAAAACAAAGUAAGAUUUUUGCCCRUACCAAAAUAUGAUACGGUACUUACUUUCUUAAACUGGAUGGGAGAUUAAAAUCCAGUAUAUCCUGUYAAUUUUUUUCUUAGCAAGUUGCAGUCACAGAAUUGUGUGAUGCAACUGUUAAGAAUUGUCUUCACCUUGACAGGGAAUCUCAUCACACUCUUUCAGGUGGUAAAUAUCUUUCCUAAGUUUUUCAAAGUUUGCACUUAAUCUAACUUAAAAUGGUUCAUCUUGAUGAGGGAGGAAGUGUUGACAUAUAGCUUAACUUGAUUCUUGUGGCUGGGAGGAAAUCCACUUACUGCAAAUUAUUUAGUGUUUUCUGAAACAGUUUCCAUGUUUGAGCUGCAAAGGUGGUGAAGGGCCUUGAGGGGAAGCUGUAUGAGGAGCGUCUGAGGACACUUGGUCUGUUCAGCCUGGAGGAGACUGAGGUGAGACCUCACUGCRGUCCACAGCUUCAUGAGGGAAAGAGGAGGAGCAGGCACUGUCUCUGGUGACCAGUGACAGGACCUGAGGGAGAAGCCUGAAGUUGUGUCUGGGGAGGUUUAUGUGGGAUAUUAGAAGAAGGUUCUUCCCUUUUUGGGAAGGGUGGYUGGGCACUGGAACAGGCUCCACAGGGAAGUGAUCAUGGCCCCAAGACAGAGCUCCAGAAGGUUUUGGACAAUGCUCUAGGCACGUGAUGURCUUCUUGGAGCUGUCCCAUGCAGGGCCUGGAGUUGGAUUYUGAUGAUCCUUGUGGAUCUCUUCCAGCUCAGGAUAUUCUAUGKCAGAUGCAUUUUGUGUAUCAAUAAUUAUUUCUGUCAACAAAAGUUGUUCACGAGCCUUAUCGCUCUCUAUGAGUGGUUAUUUUGAUUUUAUAUUUUUUGUGUAAUGUGCAAAGGGCUUUACUGGGCAAAGUGUACAAAAUACAGCAAGUGCAAUCUGUGGUUUGUAUUCCACAAACGCAGUGCACCUGAGUUCWUUAGAAAACUCUUCUAAAAAUUCCACAGGGAAUAUCCAAAGCUGAGAAAGGAGCGAAUAGCCUAGAGUGACAUCUUAGACCAGUAUGUGCACAAGCAUGUAAGGCUGCAUGACAGUUGCUUAACGACUGAUGGUGUGACAUUGCACUUCAGUCACUAGAGAGUCAUCUGAAAUUCUUCUGCCCAAGGAGGACUACUAAGGCUCACCAACAAAUGCAUCCCUUUUUUCUCUUCAGGGUCUUUUGAUGACAUUGGAAAGUGUCAUCCAGAGUGCUUACAGCAUUUACUUGGUCUUGAAACUCAGGCCUUGAAGAAAAAGUAAAUGUACUGUCAAAUGUCUGUGUUGGUAUUUGCCUGAAAAGACAGAAACAGGCCAGGUUAGGGUGACCAGCAUGGARUUCAAUGGCAGAGAUCUUUGGAAGCAAGCAGAACUUGGUGAAAGCAGGACACUCGUAGUUAGACUGCAUUUCGAGAGCAGCUGGGCUUUUGUGCCUUGGCCAUUUUGAAGUGAAGUAACCAUUCUACAGAAUGAUGUAGAAAACUGAACCAUAACUGUGCUUUUAGAGCAGGGGAUGGCAUGAUAAGCAAGGGAACACUAAACACAUUUUUAUUGCCAACCUGAACUUGGCCAACUUAGAAUCAAAGUUCAGGACUGAGCCAUAGAGUUUUAGUAUUUCAGGCUGAGAUUGGUGAAAAUUACCUACUUGUGCUACUUUAUACACAAUGAAUUAACAGCUUUAAUGUAUUAAAAAUUCAUGGUGGGAAAUGGGUACGAAAAUGACAAAUUCUCACAAGACAUUUCUGUCAUCUGUUUUUACUUAAUUUCUAGUUGUCACACAUCUGACUUAAGGGAGGCCUGAAACUUGAGUACUGUAAUUAUUCAUAAAGGGCUGUGAUAUUUCCACACUGUAAUUCUUAAUUGCUCUUUUACAACAUCAUGUCUGUAUUUUAAUUGUUUCUUUCGGGGAGGCAAGCUGUACUGACAUACUUGUGGGAAGUGAUGAAAGUCUAGGGCCAAGAAAUACUCUUGGCCCCUGCCUUGUUUUCAGUCCUUAGGAUAUCACUGAUGGAGGCCUUGUAGAUAUCCACAGUACAUACUAGGAUACUGCAGGUACAAUAGCAAUAAUUUAGUAUCAGUUGCAGUAUCUAACCAGAAACGUUAGAAUAGUGGAGUUACUUUUUUUAACAACUUCACUAUUGCAUGGGUCAUUUUAGGCUCCUCSUCCCCAAUCAGUCUGGGCAUCAAGAAAAGUCCUGAGUUUCUGCAUUAAGUUCUCAGUAUCACCACUUUCAGUAAAGCCCAACGAUAAAAAMAACCUGCAGAGUUUCUGGGUUUGUUAUGGUAGUGCAAUCAACCAACUGAAACCCUGAGAGCCAACAAGCCCGACAGCAUGUUCUGUUCCUUUCUUGAACACUGAGAGCUGUCACUGAGACUCUCUGAUGGUGCAUGUCAUUCUUCAGAGUCACCACACAAUCUGUGCAGCACUGGGACUACCUUAGAUGUCGUUUUGUCUUUCCUAUUUAACUUGAYGUGACAUCUACCACCAUGGAGAAUGACUUGGGAGAAACACAAUUUGUCAGACCUCGCACUAGCAGAAGUUUUCAACACCCCACUUGCUGUGUGUGUGUGUGAGUGAGAGAGGCCAAGUCCAGAUUGUCCUUCUCUUGGCUGUUUUAAAGACAUGAAUGCUAGAUCUAAACACAUUAAGGUGGUGGGUUUCAAUGAUGAAGGGGCUGUUUUCUGUGGGUGAGACAUGUAUCUGGCAGUCGCAGCUCUGAACAGCAGGCUGGGAGCCAAUUAACAUUGUAGGACUUGCAGUCUGGGUUUUGAGUACUGUGAAAUUCUUGCUUCCAGCACUGAGAUGUUAAGCUCUGCUGCUAACCUAGGACACCUGCAGCACCAUUUCUUGUUGCUGUUAAGUGGGAAUCCAGUCUUUCCCUGGAGCUUCCAAACUUGUUGCCCUGUUUCUAAUAUCCAACUUUGCCAAACUUCAACUGUAUAUAGGCUGAAGCUUUUUGUCAUGGGCCUAAGGUUUAAAUCUCUUGAGGGAGUUUCGGUCAAAACAGUGCAUAUUCUUUUGAACUUAGGGUGUGGUGGUCUUUUGACUGUGUUCAAAUAUUGUCAAAGGUAUUUAUWUUCAAAUAAUUUGUCACUUCGGUGUUUUGGGACAGGAACUCCAGUUCRGGUAGGGGAAAUUACCUCUGUGUAGGGGAUGUCCCCUGCGUUUUUAUUUUUACCUCUGCUUUCUGUUCUGAUUUGGCCAAAUAUAUUAAUGUUUGUAUAAAAUGGAUAGCACGUGCUCAGUAAAAGUGGUUUUGGUAUGUGUGUGUAUAUCUUUAUUUUAUACCAAAUAAAAUAUGCAUUGGUUUUAUCUUCACURAGAAAGUGCAAACCUCUUUCUUUCG